AUGUAACACUUCCUACUGAGAGAGAAAAUUCUAAAAUACACUUAGGAAGAACCCCCAAAAAACAUGAUAAAUUUGAUUAAAAUUUCUUUUUACUUAUUUUUGACUGUUUUCAGUAUCCUAAUUGCUAUUUAAGUAUGGAAGACCCUCAGAAUUUAUCUUAUCUACAAAAAGAAAUAUGGAAAUUAAAUUGAGUUUAUGUUCUUCCCUUUACUUGGCUUGAUCUAUUUUAUGUAAAAAUCUCUAAAAGAGAAUGAUGACGGAGCUCACUUCAUCAAAAAAGUAUGCAGAGAAAAACCUCAUGUGAAGGCAAUUAUAAUCUUAUCUGGACUCUUUAAUUAUUUUAUAGCUAUAGACAAUGAAUGGAUUAAAUUUCUCUCUCAAGAUUAAGAUAGGUUUUACAAAAAUGAUGGGAUAUUCGCUUUUAGUAAGAUGUAUGGAGAUUCUCUUCUCUUUACAUGGAGCAAAAUGUGGAAGAGAUAAAGAGCGCUAUUGAACAGCAGCUUUCAUUAUGAUUCGUUGAAGGCAAGAGUUCCAAUAAUUAAAGAUGAAGCUAAGAACUUUUGCAACUUCUUAAAGCCAGAGCAAGGAUUUGUGAAAGUAGAUAUGUUUGACGAAACCCAAAAAAUAACUUCUGAAAUAAUAACACGCACAUUCUUUAAUAGAGAGUUCAAAAACAAAUUUAUAAGCAACGGAAAAUCAUUAACAUAAGAAAUUGGAGAUAUUACAUAAGAGGCCUAUAAUUACAGAUUAUCUUCACCUUACUUUAUAUUAAAAUCCUCAUUUUUAGGCAAUACAGGUGCUUCUUUUAUUUUGAACAGCCCAACUGAAAAAGAAUACUUAUAAAGAAUGGACCAAAUUUUAAAAAUCAUAGAGUAAGAUGUUGAUUAAUCUAUUUAAGAAGUAAUAAGUACAGGAAUAGAUAUCUUUGAAUAUUAGCCAAGAAAUUUUAUUGAAAUUUACAUUAAAGAGUAUUUGAUUUAGUAGAAAAAUUUAAAAAGCAUUCCUUAAGCUGAUAUUAUAACAAAAAAGGAGAUCGUUCAGUAAUAUCUCACUUUUUAUUUUGCUGGAACUGAAACAACUGCUCAUCUUAUAUCAAUGACACUAUAUGCCUUGGCCAACAAUAAAUAAGUAUAUGAAAAAUUAAUGAAAGAAAUUAAAGAAAAUAUUAAACAAUAUGACGAAUUUCAACAUAAUAACUUGUUGUAACUUAAUUACCUUGAUUUGGUAAUAAAAGAAAGUACUCGUCUCUAUGUUGCAGCUCCUUUUAUAUUCCCAAGAGUCACAAAUUAAGAUUAUAAGAGAGAAAAUUUGUUUAUUAGAAAAGAUCUAUUAGUAAUGUAUAAAAUUGCCUAAUAUUCAGAAGAUUAAUCUUAAGUUUUUAAAGACAGCGAUUUAUUUAUUCCUGAAAGAUUCUUAAAUGGUAAAAUAAAUAAUCCUUAUGAAAUGAUUCCGUUUUCUUCUGGGUCUAGAAAUUGCAUAGGUUAGCACAUGGCUAUUUUAGAAGCAAAGUAUAUACUUAUCCAUAUACUAAUGAAUUUUGAAAUUGAACCUGUUCCCAAUUACAAACUAAGUAUUAUUUAAAAGGUUACUAAUGCUCCUUUGGAUUAAAAAUUAGUUUUAAUUAAAAGAAAAUGA